UUCGUAUUAUUUUAAUUGUUCUAGUUAUGCACUUUAAAGAUGUAGGAAAUAAUAAGAAGCGAAUACUGAAUAGGUAACUAAAUUAAAUGGUCCUCUACACGAACUAUGAACUAUCCAACGCCGCUUUGAUCAAACUGAGCUCUUUCUUGUUUUGGAGCUGGUGUUACCUGUGGUGCACCCAAGGGUUUCCGAGACAUAAGCCAGAAUGGUAUUCACGAAUGGUGACUCUGUUGCAUGGAUCCGUUGCCUCUUUCUUCGGAUUCUAUCAAUGCGGUCUAACGAGUUUGUCUUACUCAAAAUUAACAGAGGACAAUACCGCUAGUCAAUAUGCCCUCAUGGUGUGGUCAUGGGGCUACUUCGCAUUUGACCUGAUGUGGUGCCUGAUCUACACGCCUCGAGACUACAUCAUACUGCUGCAUCAUGCUAGCGCGCUAGUUGGUGUCAACGUCUACAUGGGCAAAGAGAACACUGGCUGCAGCUUCCCCUGUACCGUCGCCUUGUUGGAGAUUACAAAUCCUCUACUACAAACACGAUGGUUUCUCCGCGAAUGUGGUCACAACAAAACGGUUGUUUACUACACAGUUGAGAUACUGUAUUUGCUGAUGUUCUUAGCGCUACGCGGGGUACUGUGUACCUACUUUAUGUACAAAAUAAUCUUAUCUGAUACAUUUGGAAUGGACCAGAAACUUAUAUCGUUCGCUCUGUACAUCGUGUCAUCGGCCCUUGUGUAUGAAAUAUUUGGCUACAUAAUGUACAAGUAUGAGAAAAUCAUCGUAGAAUUUAUACGAUGCAUCAGUCAAUAAAAGGAUUUUUUAUGAUUUUUAUGCGAUUUUGGCUGUAAUCUAACAAUAGCACAAAUGCUAAUGGAAAUAAAAAUACAAUGCAGUUGUG